CAAUGAAUUUAAUCGGACGAUUAAGUUAAUCGGAGUUAGUGGGAUUGGUUUAUAUUAUUGGUCGCAUUCAGUGGACUUCUUCUAGAUCUAAGAUCUGAUUAGAUGAUCUAGAAGAAUACACCAAUAAUAGCAAGCGCUCACUCAAAUGUUGAGGUUGAGUCCUAUGAAUACGACCAUUGGAAAUUUGGAAAGAGAGCGAAAUUACCGCUUGGAAAUUUGUGGCGCGCAUCAGUUGGCGAUCCUGUCGUUCUCAUUGUUGCUGUUUUGUGGCCGGUGUGUUUGCUAGUUUACGUUUUUGGUUCGUUGGUUGUUUCCCUCCGCGCGGAAACCGACCCCAUCAGAGAUUUCUUGAGUAUUUACGCGGCGCGUCUCGUUAACAGACAAUCGGGAUAAUUGAGAGAAAACGCAGAAGACUCGUCGGUGGUGGUUGUCGGCGGCGGCGGAGAAGAUGGAAAAUCUGGAGGAGGUGUUGCAGGCGCUAGACGAGUUCCAGAAGUUGCGGCCGUCGGUGAUCCCGCAGGAGCUCGAGGACUAUCUGUGCUGGGUUGCCAAGACCGGCGACCCCGUGUACCAGUGGCCACUGAUCAAGACCCUCGUCCGGGAGAAGCUCACCCGCGUGAUGACAGACUUCUACGAGAGCUGUCCCACUCUAGAGCUCGCACCUUGUCCCAACGUCGAGCACUUUAAUUAUGACACCAUGAAGAGCAACCUGCUCGAGAGGUUGGAAUCGUUCGUGAACGCGCCGUUCACCGUCCAGCGGAUAUGCGAGCUGCUAACGGCGCCGCGCAAGGAAUACAAUCGCGUCGACAAGUUUAUGCGCGCCAUCGAGAAGAACAUCCUGGUGGUGUCGACGCGUGAACCCGGGCCCAUAACCAGGCGUGGCGAGACGGGCGACGGUAUGGUUAACGGGUCCGUGGAGGAGGACGCGGCCUCCGUCACGCAACAGCAGCAGCAACCGCCACCGCCGUCACCAUCGCCGUCACCGUCGCCGUCGCAGCCAUCAUCGCAACUCUCCUCGCAGUCGUCACCGACGACGCAACCGUCGGCGCAACCGGCGCAGCCAACCACGCAGGAUGUCGAGAUGGAGUACUGGGAGAAGGACUGCAGUUCCACUGUUACAAUUAGCGUACAUACUGUUGAGAAUGAGCCACCGCUUCUGCAUGGUGGCGUGAUACCGGCCGCUGACUCCACGCUAGCCAAGAAUCUAUUCGCGGACGAGUCCAUGCGAGAGAAGCUCGAACAGGCUACUUCUAGAACGGACCUCGCAGCAUCCAAUUAUAUUACCUCUGUCUCAGAGUUUUCCACCAUAUCGAAUUUAAAUUUGCAGUCACACGGAUCGGUAUCAGAGGCCAUGACGACCACCGUUCCAGUGGUGCAGAGUCUACCGGCUGUCGAAACAGUCCCCAACGACUCAACGAUCCCGGGUACCGACAUAGCGGUGGCGAUCAUGAACGAGGACACUAGUUCUCAACCUAAUUUAGACAUGGAAAGCGAGGAGAUCGAAGCAACAGCGGCAGCGAGCACCAAAACGUCCACGACGACGAGUACGACGACAACGACGGCGGCUGCGGCAGCAACUAUCACGGCGACAACGACGACAACGACAGCGGCGACAUCAACGUCAUCCACAUCGGCGGCGGCGACAACGACGGUAACUGUAGUAGCGACGGUGAUCCCGUUGACGACGGACACCACGCGAAAGCUGCAGGCUGCUUUCCAAGCGAAACGUUUCGAAUCUGACGACAAGUGUAUGGACAAGUCCAGUGAGAAAGAAGUGGACCCAUCGACGUUGGGCAGUGUGGAGGAGGAACUUGGGCAUCCCAUGAAAAACGAAGAGACGAGCCUGACCAAUUCGAGCCCCGAGCGUAUAGAACCUAACGAGAUGUCUCACGAUGAAAAUAGAUUAACUGAAAAUUUAUUACAGACGGAUGUCGAGAUGAGAUCUGUUCUAGCGGACAAUGCGGUUGAGAGCGGCGCGGAGGAAAGAGUUCCCGAUAAACCGGAGGAGGAGCGCGUGCCAAUCUUCGAGGACAUAGAUGAAGAGAACUUGCGUUCCACAAGCGACCAAAACGCAGUGAACGCGACGUCGUUCGUCGAGUCGCAGUCGGUGGAAAAGGACAGCACGGCCACGUCAGAAUGCGUAAGCGCGGUCAUAGUAUCCAGUAGCGAAGCGUUAUACAAAACGGAAAAACCCGAACACUUCAAAGAAGCGGCCGCAACAGUUUCUUCCACAGAGUGUUUCAUACGUGAGCAACCUGUGAGCCCAAAAGCGGAGAGUACGGAGGCAGAGGAUAAAGUUCUAGAAACCAUUCCUACGGUAGCAUCUUCCAACAGCAACACCAAUGGGCAAGAAGUACAGGAACCCGAGUUUAAUGACGAUAACUUGAAUAUUAUGGAGAUUUCCAAUGACAAGAUAGCCCUUGUCGAAUCUAUGGUAUCAGAUCCAAUAAUCAUCGCAGAAAAAUCUAAAGAAGUAACGUCUGUAAUUGAAAAACUCGAGCCUGGCUCGCCUGUUGUCGAAACGACGGAGAGUUCCGAUAACGUCGGUUGUCAAUCUCCAAAGGACGAUAAAUUAACGGACGUUCAGGAUGACAGUUUAGCAAAUUCACAGGGCAAUAAGGCAUGCCUCACGAUAAAAGGGAACCAAUCUUCUGUAAUAGAGAGUAUAGCAUGUAGAAAGGAAUCGCUGGAAUUAAUGGAGGUCGAUGAAGAGGAGUCAUUGUCGACAUUUCAACAGGAUGAACCUAUGGAGCAGGAAACAAUGGAGGAAUUAUCGAAAAGUUAAUCUUGACUUAUCUAAUUGAUCGCAUGUUUCUCCUUCCUCCUUUGUUUAACGUUUGAUAUCUAUUCUUAAGAUAGAUACUCGCAGUACGAACCAACACGUAAAUAUCUUUGCGCAUAAACAAGUUGCUUGUGACGCGGUAUAUAAAAUAUAUUUGCGUGCAUAUAUAUGUAUAUAUAUGUAUGUAUAUGUAUAUGUGUAUAUAUGUACGCACAUAAUUUCCAUAAUCAGUAAUGAUGAGAUUAAAGUGAGCAGACAUUAGUUGAUGCUCAAUGAAAUUCUUGACAUCCUAUCUUAAAUAUUAAUGCUGCUUUAUUUAUUUUGGAUCGUUAGACUGAAUAAGCCUCUGGUAUUUACUUAUAAAGAGAUCUAUCGAAAUGUGAAUUUUCUACAACUCUUGGAGGGAAAAGAACACUGCCUACUCCUAAAAAAAAAAGUUUGUAACACUGUGAAACCUUGUAUUGAACGCUUGUAUAGAAGUCAAAUUUGGUAAACAUUUCAAUACGGAUUUAUACAAAUAAAAUACCACAGAUAUCUGCUUAGAAUAAGGUUGUGCCUAUAACUUAUAAUGUAUAUUACAUAUUGGACAGGUAUAUUUAAUGAGUAAAUUUUUAAAUACUGAUGUAUGAUUAUAGAUUCGUGCAACCUUUCACAAUCAGAGUGAAUGAAACAGCUUUGUUCGUAAUCACAGCCUUAUACUAAGUUCCGAUCAAAUCUCGAGAUAUACAAUGCCACUGGAACCAGUUAAUUUUGAGAAUAUGUUUAAGAUCAAUUACAGACAUGUUCCUUACAAAACUUUUUACUAUAUUUAAUAGCAUUUGGAGACAAUAUUGUUUCGAGCUGUUUAUUAAGACCGUUUGCACUAAUUUAUAGCUUAGCUUAGGCCCUGUGCACAAGAGAAAUAUUAGAUAUUAGGAAUAAAAAUUAAAAUUUUAUCAAUUUUAUCAAUGAACACUAUAGAUAAAUAAUAAAUUACGUUGUAUCUUGUACGGCACAUUUAGAUUUUAUUCGUAUCCAUUGUGCAUUAUGUUUAAUAUUCAUUGAGAAAACUGAUUCUAAAAUUUUAAUUUCUAUUCCUAAUAUCUAAUAUUUUGUUAUUGUGCGCAAGAUCUUACUUUCGAUCUUUUUCCAAUUUUUAGAAAAAGAAAGUUUAGUUUUUUUUUUUAAGUUGAGCUAUUGGUGCAAACGAGCCUAAAACUGCUAAAAACUCGGGAUUAUUUCGAAUAUAUUGUUUAUAAUCAGUGUUUUAAGAUUAUUUUACGAUUUUUAUCAUCGCCAGUAGGCAAGUAUUUUCUUUUUUUUUUACAAGUGUUUGCUAUAUAUAAAAGAGAAAAAGACUCUCUAGUGGAGCAAGCUAUGUUCUGCAAAUUUACGGCCAGCUCUUCGUGAUGAGACUUUAGCAUUCUGGUUCCUUCCGUUUCCUAUGUUUUUAACAAAUAAAGAACGCGGUUUAAAGUCGAAUCAUACGAGAGUAAAUUUGAACGAAAAUCAUAAAGCGGCCAAUUGUAAACUGAUAAAACCGACCUUAUUAAAAAUCGAUCCACAAAUUAGAACCCGCUAGCAUGAUAUCGAAUCGCUUACAGUUAUAUGUAUUUGCACACAAAAUGUUCUCAAGCGAAUUCGAUGCUGUCUCGGUAAUAACUGAAACGUUAUUAGAAUAUUGUAGGAAUGGGAUAUUAAUUUAAGAAUUAAUAUAGAUUAAUAACACAUAAUAUACGAAUGUGGAUAUCCAAGAAAAAAAUAGCUGUACAUUAUUUUAUAAAAAAAAUAUAUAAAACUGAAAGAUUGUCAA